GGGACAUAUGAAAAGCACAAAAACUUCUUUUGCCGCCAAACGUUACGUAGUAAAAAUCAGUAAGAGAGUGAUUAUAUUGGGUUGUACUCGCAUAAAGUUUAGUCAAGAUAGUACAAAAUUAUUACGCCGCUUGCAUAAUGGGCGUUACUGUUAUCGCGGCAUUAAUUCUCUACGUUGUAAUCGCAAAAGUGAUAGCCGCAAGCGUAAUAACACCGGCAACAGAUACAUCUUCGUAUCUUGAUGUUUACGAUGAAUCUAUUGCAAAGGCAGACAACAAUAAUUGUGGGUGCAUUCAAUUUGAUUGCGGAUGUUGCCAAUAUGUAAAAUGGAAUAUAGUCCCGUUAAAUGGAAAGUUAUGUGCUAAUGUGAGCUACUGGGAACAUGAAUAUGGGAUAUCAGUCACAGUGACUUACAAUGAUUUUGUAAUCUUCAAUGAGACAGUUUCAGCUCGAAACCCACCACCUAUUUGUUUCGGAGAAGAUAUUGUGGAUUUAAUUGAAGUUGGAGUUUGUUUACAUAUUUAUGAUAUAGAUAUUGGAUAUAAUAUGUUUCACGCGUGUUUCGAGGUCCUAGGAGAAUUUAUACAUAUGAAGGCACUUUCAAUAAAAUUAGGUUGUGUCACUACCAAGCUACAGAAACAGUUGGAGUAUGUAGAUGAUGAUAGAGUUUUGCAAUUACUUCAUAAAAGAAAAAUUAAAGAUUUAAAAAUACCUAAUGUGGUCAUGGUAUAACAAGUAUAUAUCGCUACAUGUUUAUUCAAAGCCAAUCACAGUGAGUACAUGAGUAAAGUUUUGUCUAAAAAUUUGAUCAGCAUAUAGUGAUUAUUAUCGAUGAUGUCUGUAUAUGCUCAUACAAGGCACACUACUGUGUCAUUGCAAUAAUUACAACUUCCCUUAUUUGUAAAUAUUCAUUGUGUGCAUGUCUUUUGUAAAUUUAUUAUGCAUGAAAUGAGAGAUAAAAGAAGAAAUAAAAAGAAUAGUUAUGAUAUACUAAA